GCGAGGCGUUCAAGAAGGAUGCAGAUAGCCUCGUCGCGGAGGGCGCGGUUCUGGAUUGGGGUCACGAGGACGGCUGGAAGGCCAAAGUUGUACCCAAGUUCACGGAUUCCAAGGACGUCAAAACAGUACUCGAGGAUUGCAUUUGCAUCGCUGACUUGAUCAAGGUCGAGACGUACAUUUGGGAUUAA